GAUUUCGUCUGUUAUAUUUGGUAAAUAAAUACCUCCUAAGGUUAUGUACUUCUUAAGCUAAAGCUAGAUAUUGAAGUGAUUGAGUCCUGUUGAGUCCUAAAAGUUGUGAAAUUGCCACAAUCAUGAGUCUUACGGAUGAACUUUCGACAUCACCUGUAGAUGGACUGAACAUAUCGUGUGGAAAUGAGGAGGUGCAAGUCGUUGAAGCACCAGAGAAAAUAAAACUUCGUAGCUGGUUGAAUAAGAAUCUCCGAAUUGAAAUGUCUGAUGGACGAAUUCUAGUUGGUGCAUUUCUGUGUACAGAUCGUGAUUCAAACAUAAUUCUUAGUUCGUGUGCGGAAUUUCUCAAUAGCUCAUCGGAAGAGGCUCGCAUUCUUGGUUUGGUCAUGAUACCGGGUAGACAUAUAGUUAGUAUUCAUGUAGACAAUAGUUAUGAAACAAUGUAAAACUAGGUUUAAUUAUCAAUGCUUUUUUGUCUGGUUUCUUUGAAAAAAUUUGCCUGUUAUUUUUCGGAGUAAACGGCAAUGUUAUUUUAAAUUAUUUUGUCUGUGAUCUUUUGUCCUAAUGAAUUCAAUUAAAUUCAACUGUGUACCAAUCAA